AUGCCGAGCACUACAUCAACGGGAACCAAUUCCGACAUUGUCGCCGACUUUAUAAUUGUCGGGGCGGGAUUUGGCGGUUGCUAUGCACUGCAUCAACUCCGUGUUCAAGGCUACUCAGUCAAAAUAAUCGAAGCAGGAAGUGACUUUGGUGGCGUUUGGCAUUUCAACAGAUAUCCUGGCGCCAGAGUUGACUCGGAGACACCUUUAUACCAACUAAAUCUGCGAGAGCUAAGCGAUAAGUUCAACUUUAGCCAGCGCUUUCCGGAUCAUGAGGAGCUACGAGCGUACUUUUCGCAUAUUUCCACCACGUUAGAUUUACGAAAAGAUGCCAUUUUUAAUCAGCGCAUAACCAGUGCCAAGUACAACCUCGAGUCCAAGACUUGGUUGCUUCAGUCCGACAAUGGCCUCACCGCCAGAUGCCAAAGUGUGAUCUUUGCGUCUGGUACCACCAACAAGGCAUAUAUUCCUGACUUUCCAGGAUUAGAUCGCUUUGAGGGCCAAGUUAUCCACCCAGCUGCCUGGCCCAAGAAUGUCGAUCUUCGUGGCAAGUCUGUCGGCCUGGUUGGUCAAGGAGCCUCAGGGCUGCAGAUUCUGCAAGAGUUGGCCAAGACAGACUGCAAUCUUACCGUCUUUAUUCGAACUCCCUGUACCGGUGUGCCAAUGGGCCAACGAGACAUCCCUAAAAAUGAAUCAGAAGGAUUGAAGAACCAAUAUGACGCACUAUUCAACUACGCCAAGUAUCAAAGCAACACUGGCUACUCUGAUAACCAGAACCCACUUUCGUUUCACGAUGUCACGCAAGAAGAGCGGGAAGAGCUGUGGGAGACGCUAUGGGCUCGUGGCGGCUUUGGCUUCUUGACUAGCAAUUACUGGGACUAUGCUUUGGACAAGGAGGCCAAUGCGGCGCUGUACCAGUUCUGGGCGAAAAAGGUGCGACAGCGAGUUACAGAUCCUGUCAAGCGCGAUAUUGUAGCACCUCUGGAGCAGACGUACUGGCUCGGUGCUAAGCGCCCUAAUCUCGAAGUGGAUUAUUACGAGAUGAUAGACCGUCCUAACGUGAAGCUCGUGGACUUGGUCAAAUCGCCAAUAAAGGAUUUUGUCAGCAACGGGGUCAUUACAGGCACUGCAGACGACCGUGAGGAACAUCAACUUGAUGUUGUCAUUGUGGCCACGGGAUAUGAUUCCGUCACAGGGAGCAUAUACGAAAUGAAUAUUCAGGACAAGAAUGGGGAGCUUCUACAAGAUAAGUGGAAGUAUGGAAUUGCCACACACCUGGGCAUGAUGGUCCCGGGCAUGCCGAAUGCCUUCUUUUUGUACGGGCCACAGGCACCUACGUCGUUGGCCAACGGCCCACCGUUCCUCGAAUUACAGGUGGAAUUUAUUACAAAACUGUUGGAAAAGGCCAAGCGGGACAAGGUAGAAUCCAUCGAGGUGGCUGAAGAAGCGGCUGCUGCGUGGAGAGUAGCGACUCUAGCAACUUUUGAGGCGGUUCUACAUAGUCAAACGGAUUCUUGGUGGAAUGGAGCCAACGUUCCAGGAAAGAAUCGCGAGCCUUUGAUUUGGUUUGGAGGCAUGCGUAGCUGGUGGGAUGCGUGUCAAGCGGCUUUGAUGAACUGGAACAGUUUUGUUACGGCUCCGAUUGCCUAA